AUGGCGACCCCAAGGAUAGGGUACGCCGAAGCGGCAAGCUGGAUGGCGCGAGAUGUCGACAACGAGACACUGGUAUAUCGCCGUUCCGAUGAGCUUGCCACCAGAAAUCUGCUCUAUCUCCAGUCCGAAUUGCUGACUCUCGAACACCAGCUUGAUGAGCUUGAUAGAGAGGACGCUGAAGACGAAGAUAUGGACUGGCAAAUGGUAGUGUGUGACUGGGAAAAGUUGGGCGAAAUCGUACAUGCAUCAGAUGCAAGUACGGCAGACAACAUGCAGGCAUCAAAAGCCAACAUCCGCGCGGAGUUAGUCGACAAACUACGCCGGAAAUUGGAGGAAUAUCACAAAACCUUACUUCGGCAGAGUGAAAUCGCAAAGCUCAAAAGACCGAAUGAUCGCGUUCUCAGCGCGUUUAAAGCCUGGUUCACAGGGGUGAGCGAACUCAGCGGAAGAGAAACAGAAAUCCUCAACGAUGCCAACGACCUCGUCGCCCUGAACCCAGCCCAAGAAACAGACUACUUGUCAGAGUGUCUCAGAAGAAAAUGGCCAAUCAAGGCAGAUGCUAGGGAGAAUGGAGUUCAAAUAGGAAGAUAUGAGGAGCAUUCAGUAUCUGUUGCAGUUGCGCUGAUCAGCACACUCAUCGCGGCCAUUCUCCUGAUAGGAUCAAUAACAGGGCUCUAUUUCGUCGAAAACGACGCAGCCAAGCUUGGCCUCAUCGCGUUCUUCACAUCCCUAUUCGCCCUGAGCGUCGGGCUGACGACGAACGCGCGGAGGGCGGAGAUAUUCGCUGGAACCGCAGCAUACGCCGCGGUGUUAGUAGUUUUUGUGAGUGGCGACCUCUCGAGCUCGCAGGGUUCAUAA